AUGUCAGAAGCACAAUUAGAACUCGAAGUUUUAUCUUUCUUUGUUAGAAAACCAGAAAUUACUCAAUACGGUACACAAACCUGCAAUAGUAAUUGUACUUGCACAUGUGUGUGCACUACCAGAUGCUCAAACAAUUGCAAAAAACAAAAUUGGCUAAGAAAAUUUAAUUCAGGGUAUCCCAUUCGAAGAUUUAAUUAA